UCUCCUCAGUUUCUUACCAUUUUUAAUUUUGUGCCGGCCAUUGUUGAGCGCAUAUUCUCUAUUUGAGUUGGAUUAUAAUAUUUGUCACUUGGUAAAGAGUCAUCGAUCUAUGGCUUUCAUUGCAGUAAUCACUUUCAGUCUAGCCAUCUCCUCAGUUUCUUACCAUUUUUAGUUUUGUGCCGGCCAUUGUUGAGCGCAUAUUCUCUAUUUGAGUUGGAUUAUAAUAUUUGUCACUUCGUAAAGAGUCAUCGAUCUAUGGCUUUCAUUGCAGUAAUCACUUUCAGUCUAGCCAUCUCCUCAGUUUCUUACCAUUUUUAGUUUUGUGCCGGCCAUUGUUGAGCAUAUAUAUAUUCUCUAUUUGAGUGUGAUUAUAUUUGUCACUUUGUAAAGAGUCAUCAAUCUAUGGCUUUCAUUGCAGUAAUUGCAGUCACUUUGGUUGUAGCCUUCCUCCUUUCGAAGAUUCUGUCCAAGGGUCGCCGAGAAAGCAAAAAUCUCCCGGGAGGUUCUCUGGGGUAUCCCUUAAUAGGAGAGACAUUAAGCUUUCUUCAAGCACAGAAGCAAGAUCGAGGUCCUCAAUGGCUGGAAGAAAGAACAGCAAAACAUGGGCCAGUGUUCAAAACGUGUUUGAUGGGUUCCCCAACUGUGAUUGUUAUAGGUCAAGCAGGGAACAAGUUUAUACUUGGUGCUGAAGAUGAUGUUCUUGCUGCCAAACAACCUCCCACCUUGUUAGCCAUUGGAGGAAAACAGAGUAUAUUUGAACUUACAGGAUCAAGGGGACAGGACUUGCAUAGUUGCAGCACUUUUUGUACCGCCUCUUUUCAGGCAUUUUUAUGGAGAUCAGAUUUACUCCCGUACAGGUUGGUAAAGGGAGCAAUGGUGAGCUUCUUGAAGCCUGAAAGUCUUCAAAACUACAUCAACCAGAUGGACAAAUUAAUCAAGACCAUGUUACUAAAAGAAACAGAAAACAAAGACACCAUAAAGGCUGUGGUCACCAUGAAGAAGCUUACAUUUAACAUAGCAUCAAGCAUCCUUUUUGGUAUCAAGGAUGAGAACACCAGGGGGGUCUUGUUUGAGGACUUUUCAUUAGCCUUCAAAGCAACUUGGUCUCUUCCUAUUAAUUUCCCUGGUACUGUUUAUCGGCGAGGCCUAAGAGCUAGGGCAAGAAUUGUGGAUUCGAUUUUGCCAAUACUAAAGGAGAGAAGGGAGGAAAUUUCAAAGGGGAAUUUAAGCCCUACAAGUGAUGUGUUUUCUAGCUUUCUAGCUUUGAGAGAUGAAAACCAAGAACCAGUUUCUGAUGAUCUGAUUAUGGAUAAUUAUGUCACCUUGAUGAUAGCCAGUCAUGACACAACAGCCAUUCUUCUUAGCCUUAUGAUAUGGAAGCUGUCCACAGACUCUGAGAUCUACAAAAAAGUUUUACAAGAACAAAUAGACAUUACAAGUAAGAGAGAGGGAGAAGAAGAUAGGCUAACAUGGCAGGAGAUACAAAAGAUGAAAUACACAUGGAGAGUUGCACAAGAGUUGAUGAGGAUGAUUCCUCCUGUGUUUGGAAGCUUUAGAAAAAUACUCAAAGACACUCAAUAUGGUGGCUACGACAUUCCCAAAGGAUGGCAGGUGUUUUGGGCGGCCUAUGGAACUCACAUGAACAAAGAAGUAUUUGACAAACCCACAGAGUUUGAUCCAUCGAGAUUUGAAAACUCAUCAAAGCCAAUUCCUCCCUAUGCUUAUAUUCCAUUUGGAGGUGGCAUUCACACUUGCCCUGGAAACGAGUUUGCUAGAGUUGAAGUCCUCACAACCAUCCACAAUUUGGUGACAAUGUUUGAGUGGUCACAGGUGUACCCUGAGGAAAAGAUAACCCGUCAACCAAUGCCAUAUCCAUCCAUGGGUCUCCCAAUCAAGAUCAAACCAAGAAUUCCUAAAUUUGUAUAAGACUUUCUAUGCCACACUUCUUGGUUGUUGAUGCUGCUUUUUUUUUUUUUUUUUUUUUUUGUACUUGAAUACGUGCAUGAACCUAAAAUUACAACAUGGCAAGUGCUUUUGUUUGUUUACACAAAGACUUAUUGUUCUUGAGUGAAAAUCGGCAGUCUCUUACAAAGAGAAGGGAGAUACUUAUGUCAUUAUAUCCAAUUAUCGGAGGGCCAAAAGCUUA